AUGGUUUUGCAGUUACAAUUCGAAGUAUACCGAACAGUUAAAAACGAAAUAAUUAAAGAUCCACGAAAUUCGCCAUUCAUUCCAGCAGCUGUAGAAAUUCAAGAAGGUUAUGAAUAUUUGCACGGCUACUUGACCCUUUACCCCGGAUCGUCUCUUGGCAUUAACAUUAAAGCUUUUAACUAUAAAGUGUACGUGGUAUCUACUGACAACGGUUUCACAUCACUUGGCGUAAGAACAUUUAUGAUCGGUGAUGCUAUUCUAGCCGUAGAUGGCCAAGCUCAGACCACGUGCUCUGCUGUUUCUCAAGCAAUUAUGGGAGCUUUAAACCAAAAGCGAUAUGUCACAACAGUUAUUGAAAGACCAAAAACAAUGGUGGCUGCUUAUAUUGUUCAAGGAGUAAUCUCAGCUGAACGAACAAAUUUGAUUGAUCCCAAGAUGCCAGAAGAUGUGAUAGCAAUUUGCAAUGAGGAAGUGGAGCGCGUGAAAAAAUCAUCUCCAAAACAUUUGAAAAAAGAAGUAUUUAUCGGAAUGAAUCCGAUUAAUCCGGCGUUGUUGAAAAAAGUUCAUCGGCAACAUUCAAACCAACAAGCGCUAGAACAAAGGCAUGAAUCUCAAAUAAGGCAGUUUCAACAACAACAGACAACAGAUUCUAGAUGGGAAUUCAGACGUACGUCAUCAGCUUUACGUGCAGGCAUUCAGUCUAUUAGGUCAACGCUGAAAUCAAUCGGCAACAGGCAACAUCAGGAAGAAGACAAGUGA